CCAAAUAAUUAAAUUGAUGAAUGGCGAUCGUAUAAAAACACAAAGCACUAAAAGUAUAAUUAAGAUGAUUUUAUUGUUCUUCAAUCUCCAGGAAUGAAACAAACUGUUAUCAAGCAACACAUUAUAAUAAAUCUUGAAGUCUCUUAGUGCACAGCUUAAAGUACACAUUCAUACGAUUAGCAGUCUCCUCUUCUCUUCCAGUCUUCCGAGUUCCGUCUGACCGUCUCUCCUCUUCUCUUCCGUGAGUUCCGUCUGCUCUCAGCCUCCGUGAGUUCCGUCUGCUCUCAUCCUCCGUGAGUUCCCUGAGUUCCGAUGCCACCACUAGCGCCACCACCCGACGACUCCGCUGCCAGACAAUGGAUUCAGCACAAAAGGAAGCGCGCAGGUUUAAGGACUUUGUGAAUAAGAACGUCGAAGACUUGCAGCCUGAGUUCGACCGCAUAUUAGCUCGGAAGAAAGAGUUGUUUGAUGAAGUAAAGACUAAAGGCAUUAGAUUGUCUGUGGCUGUCAACCUCUUCAAACAAGCCCAAGCAUUGGUUCAGGAAAUCUAUGAAGUGCUCAACAAAAUUUUGGAGGAGGAUAAUUUUCUCAUAGAUGAGUCUGACUCGGUUGUAUCCAAAAUCGUUUCCCAUGGGUCUGGCAGCUUGGCGGGUUUAUCCGAACUUGUUUCCGAGGGGUCUGACUCGGCCAAUUUACCCAAAAUCUUUUCCUCAUCUUUGGCACUAACCCCCCGAACCCAAUGCACAAAGGAGCUUAUGGAUUUGGGGGUACAAUAUAGAAGAAAGCUUGUUGAUGUGGAUGAGGUUUUGGGACUGAUGUUCAACAUGCGGGAGAACUUUGUAACUCAUUGCUCAGAAUUGGAUGAUGUGACAAAAAAGGUGGAGGAGGCAACUAAAUUUCUUACCGAAGCUCAGGAAGCAAUAAACAGCUAUAAGUAAAAUAGGGCCAUCAAUGACUUUAGAUUUAGUAUUCUUGAUGAGUUCUUUACUGUCCCUGAUCUCGGUUGAAUCUCGGGACAAUGGCACCUUCAUUCUACUAAUACAUUGUUAGCAGUGGUUGAACUGUGGUAGCUACAGUGCUACACUAUGACAUAGACAUACUAUAUCUGUGUAAAAUGUGUACAUCUGCUUCUCUGUAAUAGAUCAUCAUCACUACUGCACUUUUAGUAUCAGAUUCUCCCUAGCUAAAUCUGGUAAUUUGGGUGGCAA